AUGUCCAGUGAUGACAUUGAGUUCUACACCGGAGUAUCAAGGGCUGUGUUUCUGUCUCUAGCUGAGAUGGUGUCCAUGAUGACCACAGCAGAAUCACGCAUCCCUCUAAAUGAUCAGCUUCUUCUUACUCUGAUGAGACUACGUCUGGGCCUUCUCUACGGUGACCUUGCCCGGAGAUUUAACGUAUCAGUAAGCCGCAUUUGUGCCAUCAUCAAGAAGAUGCUGGAAAUCCUGAAAAGGAUUAUGGAGUAUGUUGUUAUCUGGCUCCCACGAUCACGCAUACAGAGCAGCAUGCCAGCCUCUUUUCUGGAGAAUGGGUAUGCCAAGACCACUUGUAUUUUUGAUUGCACCGAGGUGACCUUGCAAAGGCCAAAGAAGUUAAUGGCCCGUGCUCAAACAUACAGUGCUUAUAAAGCAGCAAAUACUGUUAAAUGUCUGACUGUAAUUGCACCUAAUGGGCAGAUAAUGUUUGUUUCUGAUGUCUUUGGAGGGAGAGCCUCAGAUAAGUACAUUGUCCGGACCUGUGGCGUUGAAGACUACCUCCAGAAAGGGGACGAGAUCAUGGCCGACCGAGGCUUUACGCUGGAACCCCACUUGGAAGCGCGAGGAAUCAGGAUGACCAUGCCUGCAUUUACAAGAGUGCAUCCUCGAAGUGGUCAUCAUUAG